CGAUGUUUCCAUCCAUUUUGUUUCAGUCAGUCGGUAUGAUCUUGUUCAUUCGCUACGGACAUAACGGAACGAUACGUUAUCGUAUAUAUCUUCAUAUUAGAUUUUUAGUUUUUAUAUAAUGUUGCCCGAAGGACUUGCCGUUUUAUUAUUAUUUUUAACGGUGAUACUCGCUAUCGAUUUUGAAAAUAUCGAUAAAUCUCCUAUGAUCGAGACGAAGUUUGGAUCGAUCGUUGGAAAAUGGACGAAGAGUUCGCUUGGAUUAAACAUUGCCACUUUUCUUGGUAUACCGUAUGCGGAACCACCGAUUGGUGAUCUAAGAUUUCGUGAACCAAGAGCUUGGAAUAAUACAUGGGACGAAUUAGAAGCAAAAUAUGAUACUAUGCCGUGCCUACAACUCAUCGAAUUUAACACGAUAAUUGGCUCGGAGGAUUGUCUUUAUCUGAACGUCUACGUGCCAGCGAAUCAACGUCAGGAAGAAAAUACUAAACAUCCUGUAUUGGUAUUUAUUCAUGGUGGAGCAUUUAAUAUAGGUAGCAACAAUAGUACAAUAUUCUCGGCGACAUAUUGGGCCGAUCAGCAAGUGAUACUAGUCGUCUUAAAUUAUCGAUUGGGUCCUUUAGGAUUUUUUAGUUUGGCCAAUUGUGCCUCGCCUGGUAAUUAUGGUUUGAAGGACAUAACGAUGGCCUUGAAAUGGGUGAAAGAAAACAUUGAGAGUUUUGGCGGUGAUCGUAAUUCUGUUACAUUGAUGGGACAAAGCGCUGGUGCAGCGGCGGUACAUAUUUUAACUUUAUCGAAGAAAACUGAAGGUCUUUUUGAUAAAUAUAUAUUACUCAGUGGUUCUGCAUUGGCGACUUGGGCAGUACAUCCAAAACAUAUUAUUAGAAAAAUAUCGAAGAACAUGGCCGAUGAUCUUGGUUGUUCGAAAAAAUUCAAUACAACGUUGGAUGAUAAUGUUACCGAGAUUAAUGAUAAUCUUGAAGAGAAAUAUAUUUAUGAAAAUUACAAUAAUAUCUUAAUUAAUUACGAUCAAGAAAUAAUUGAUUGUAUGAGAUCAUUGGACGCCAACAAGAUUUUAAUGAAUCUUUCCUAUCUCUAUUCACAACAUAAGUAUCAAUAUUGCUUUUUUGGACCAACAAUUGAGGAAGAAUCCAGUGACGCCAUUUUAACGAUGUAUCCUAUGGAAAUUAUAAAAAAACAACUUUUUCGCGACAUACCCUGUAUAAUAGGAGUCGUCCAGGAUGAAGGUUUACUCAAGACAUUUGAUUUUUACGGCGAUUCGAAGAAAAUGAUGACUUUUAUGAAUAAUUUCGAUGCGUUAUUACCAGGAUUUUUAGAAGUUCAGGAUGUUAUUAACAAUGUGGAUAAUUUUACGAGAGCCAUAAAAGAUUUUUAUUUCGGCGAGAACGGUACUAACAUUCUAUUAAAGGAUAUCACUAAGAUGGCAGGUGACGGUCUAAUCACAUGGCCAACGUAUAAAACUGUUAAAUAUUUAUCGAAAGUCAUGAAAUCGAAUUUAUUUUUCUAUUGUUUCGCUUAUUCCGGCACAUUUAGUAGCAAACUGAAAAAUGGCACUCGAGUAUCUUACGGUGUCAGUCAUGGCGACGAACUUAAUUAUUUCUUUCCUAUAUUGAACAAAGAGUAUGAAUCAUUGAUAUCGUUAAAUACUGAGAGCGAUAAUACCAUGAUCAAUAUAAUGACGGAAUUAUGGUCGCAUUUUAUGAGAACAGGGAUACCGAGUACUUGGAGUACACCCAAUUGGCCGGCGUAUCGUUAUCAUCACGAAUACAUGCUUUUCAAUGGUUUAAAAGAUGUUUAUGUGACGAUAGAGAAAAAUUAUUAUCUUACGGAUAGAAUGAAAUUUUGGGAUAAUUUAAUGUAUAAUUAUAAUGAAGAAUUUAAUGAAUGGUAUUUAGAUGACAACGAGAUCAAAGAAACGAAUCGUGGAUAUCGUUUUAGUACGAUCGAAUAUAUUUAUUUAUUAAUUACAUUAGCCAAUAUCAUACUAUCAGUGUGAUACUGAUUCAGAUAAUUUUUUAAACCUAAUAUAUAUAUAUAUAUAUAUAUAUAUAUAUAUAUAUUCUUCUAUAUUUAUCUUUCUUUUCGUCUUGUUAGUAAAGAAUUGAACCGAAAGUUCCUAGAUGUGCCGAUAGUUCCUUAAGGUGGGUCAAAGGUUACAUUGGAACAAUCAUAGAAACUUUUCUCUGUUUCUUUUUUUACAUCAAGCCAUGAAAGAUUUCAAUAAGGAAUAAAUGACGUUUAUAAUUAUUUUUAUAAUUUUUGGCCCACACUUGUAGAAAAUUAGAUAGAUCAAUUGAUGUGUUCAUUAUUAGUUUAUAAUUAAAUAAUUAGAUACGCUUGUAUUGUUUGAUAAUAAUUAAUCAAAUAAAAUAUUAAUUAACUUAUC